CGGAUAACAUGGCAAUAGGGAAAUCACGCGAAGAGCUUGAAAAUGAGAUUAAAGGUCUGGAACGCCAGCUAGAAAAGGCCAUGACCCUUUUGAAUCGACAGAAUGAAGGCUCACUGCAAGUUGCUGACGUCAAUUCCAAUGAUUUUAUACCGUCCAUGUCCUCCUCUCACUCUCUCUUCCUGCUCUCUGACUCUGCCCUUCCUCUUGGCUCCUUCGCCUACUCCAGUGGAUAUCCCGAUCACCUCGAAACCCUUGACAAUGAUCUCGACGCCUCCACGCCAUGUUGCGUGGCUCGCAGAGCGAGCGUCGCACAAGGUAUGGCAUUACUAGUCGUCUGGGAACGAUCUUUCAAGGCCUCCUACGGAGCCGCCUCUUUCACAAAUAACGCAGGCGGAGAGACCACCCGAGAUCGACCCUCUGCUCAUGCGCAAUUGGCAUCUGCUGCUCUGCAUUCGUUUUCAGAAUUGUUGAAACAACCUUCAGCCGAUGGGGAUGAAGAUCUGCUGAAUGGGCAUCCGAACGGCCAUCUCGGACCUCUUUGGGGCGUGGUUUGCGCCGCUAUGGGAGUGAAUCUACGCCAGAUGGCAUAUGUAUUUAUGCUGAAUCAUGCAAAAGCCUUACUCAGCGCCGCGGUGAGAGCGUCUGUUAUGGGCCCCUAUCAGGCACAAGAGAUAUUAGCUAGUCGAGCGUUGCAGAAUUUAAUUGUACAAAGAAUUCAAAGGGAAUGGGAUGUUGAGCCGGAAAAUGCUGGGCAGGUAGUUCCGGUCAUUGACUUAUGGGUGGGCCGGCAUGAGCUUCUCUACAGCAGGAUAUUCAACUCGUGAGGUGUAAAGGAACGUCCGCCCGAAGCUCAGGGCAAGAUAUAAAGCCGAAUAAUAGCAUCCUUGAUUGCGUCGAAGAA